AUGCCAGGCAGAAACCUUCUCUCCUCCGCCCUCACCGCGGUGACCAAUCAAACCGUGGUUUCCUACGAGGAAUAUAUGGAACGACGUUCUGACUCAUCCUAUCUCUUCCAUAAAUUGAAUUCCGAUGCUCUCCAUCAGUCUCAUUUGGUGGGCGGUAUCGUGUCCACUGACGAAGGUGAUUUGGUUGAAGUAGACGUAGAAAUGGACGAUGACAACGUCGAAGAUAAUAUGACAAUUUUCGUCAGAACCUUGACUGGAAAAGUUUUGAACAUCGGUUGCAAACCGACAACUAAUAUCGAAAAGAUAAAGGCGAAAAUUCAAGCCAGGGAAAGUAUUCCUGUAGAUCAACAGAGACUUAUCUUCGCCGGAAAGCAACUUGAGGACGGUCGUUCACUAAGCGAUUAUAAUAUUACGCGUGACUCGACCCUUCAUCUCGUUCUUCGUCUCCGCGGCGGUGGCGGCGCGUUGAACUACUUCCUAAGUCCCGAACUUCUCGAUCCCGGCUACGAUUUCGAUUUCACCGAUAUUAAUGAUACAGGAAGCAUAUUCACGAGAGGUGGAUUCGAAUACCGCCGUCCUUGCGGUUGGAAGCGUAUCGCGCUUAAGGUACUCGACAAAUAUGACAGCGACAACAAGUGGCUUGGAACGGCGAGUUCUCGUUUCCGUUAUGACUCGGAACCUGGUGAAUGGCCCGUUUCUUACCAUGGAACAUCAAAACACUGGAAUUCUUCUAUUGCCGAUGAUGGUCUUCGCCUCAGUAAAGAACAAGGUAUCCAAUUCCCAUAUUCUCAGGGUAUUUAUACCACCCCCGAUGUCAAUUUGGCAGCCAAUUACGCAGAAACCUUCACUCAUGAAGGCGCGCAAUAUAAGAUUGUUUUUCAAAAUCGCGUCAACCCGGACACCCUAUCCAUUCUUAACACCGGUUGCGGGGACUAUUGGAUUAGCCCGAGGGGCACAGACGUGCGUCCAUAUGGUAUUUUGAUUAAAAAGGUUUAA